AGCCCGGCAGAAGAUGGCGUCGGUCCGCUGCAGACGGGAUCCCUGCGGAGUUAUCUGUCUGAUUUUAACUUAUUUCUCCGUCUUCUACGCGGACUACGUGGUCAUACAGUAUGUCCUCAUCCCCGCAUACUCCGGCAGUGUGUGGUGUACUCUCCACGGCUCCGUCUUCAACCUGAUCCUGCUGCUGCUGCUGGCCUGCCACUCCAAAGCCGUCUUCUCAGAUCCUGGUAUGGUUCCUCUCCCUGAAACAGCCAUCGACUUCUCAGACCUUCGAUCUCAGUCGACUCGGAUGAAUGAACGGGGCUGUGAGGGAUGGACGGUGUGCAGUCGCUGUGAAACCUACAGACCUCCCAGAGCUCACCACUGCAGAGUCUGCCAGAGAUGCAUCCGUCGCAUGGACCACCACUGUCCCUGGAUCAAUAACUGCGUCGGGGAGCUGAACCAGAAGUAUUUCAUCCAGUUUCUCUUCUACACCGGCAUGGCCAGCCUCUACUCCAUGGUUCUGGUGGUGUCGGCCUGGAUCUGGAGGAUCAGGAGUGAGAGAGAAGGAGACGCAGAGAAAGAAGGAGAGGAGUCGCCCAGCAAACACCUGAUAGUGGCUCAUUACAUCAUCCUGCUGGUGGAGUCGGUGCUGUUUGGUGUGUUUGUGAUGGUCAUCUUCUACGAUCAGCUGGUCUCCAUCAUCACAGACGAGACGCCCAUCGAGCAGAUGAGGAACCGGCUGAUGAUCAAAGACCGGGGCUCCUCGUCUUCGUCCUCCUCUUCCUCCUCCCAGCCGCCCCAUCAUCAUCCUCCUCACACCAGGAAGCCCAAGCUGGCUCUGCUGAGGGAGGUGUUCGGACGAGGCUCGGUGUUCUGCUGGCUGCUUCCUCUCCACUCCAGUCCUCCAUCGGUUGGCGGCGUCUCCUACUCUGCUCUGCCCGACUACGACGUCUGAGGACGGAGGUGGAUGUGAGGGAAGAUUCUGCCUAAAACCAAGUCUUAU